UAAGUGUCAGAAAAGUACCCACUGUAACAUUUGCGGACAACGGGACGCAUAUAAACCAAAAACAUUUACCUUAUAUCUAAUUCUAGGUAGCCUUUCUCGCAAUACAGAUUACAGUUACACGUAUAUUAUCUGUAAACUGUUCUAUAUUUACGCUGCCAUAAAAAUUAGAUUUAUAUUUAUUAAUUUAUUAUACUCAAAGCGUUAUUCGCGCUCCAACUUACACAUAAGUGUAAGAACACACUUAAAAAGCGUUCAAGCCUCUCUUCCCAUACGGUAAAAAGACAUGCACAGUUUGCACACACACACGGACACCACCAAAUUACGAAACCGCGUUUACCUGUCAAUUUAUACCCUCCGGCCUUUCCGAACUCCCUCUUCAUACACUUUUCCAAUCAAUUUUGUCCAUCUUCCAUGGCCCGUAUCAAACUCAUCGGCGUUUUGAAAGACAAAGUCUCGAUCCUCAAGGCCACUCUAUACAUCAACCGCCAUGCCUCGUCAGUGCACGUUGCCGUCCUACGCGCCACCACCCACCACCCGUCACGGCCGCCUUCCGAGGAGAAGAUCGCCUCCGUGCUCGCCCUUGGGCACUCCUCACGUAUCACUGCGUGCGCAUGCAUUGAGGCGCUCAUGGACCGCCUCCACGUAACGCAGAGCGCAUUUGUUGCCCUAAAGUGCCUCUUGACCCUCCACAACAUUAUAGCGAAAGGCUCAUUUAUUCUCAAAGACCAGCUUGCUUAUUACCCUUCUUUUGGGGGACACAAUUUCUUGAACCUCUCUAUGUUUUCUGACAAUUCUGAUUUAGCCAUGUGGGAAUUUUCUUCUUGGGUUAGAUGGUACGCCGGGGUUGUUGAGCAGAAUUUGAUGGUGUCUAGAGAAAUUGGGUAUUAUCUCAACUCAUCGAAGAAAGAUAAAGAAGAGAAGGCACUUGCGUUACUGGACUCGGAUUUGGCAGUGGAGAUUGAAGUUCUUGUAGAAUUUGUGGUACGAAUUUGCGACGCACCAAAUUCUUUGGACCUUCAGAGGAACAAUUUGGUUUAUGAGGUUGUACGAGCUGCAGGGGAAGAUUACAGGUCUGUUCAGCGAGAAAUCUUGGCCCGAGUGAAGGAAGUUGGGGACAGAGUCGACUCAGUCGAGGGAGUGAAUUCUGAUGAGUUGAUUCAGUUGAUUGACGCGUUGGAGAGGCUGGAGGGUUGCAAGGGGAAGUUGAUGCUGUUGUUUCUAAACAGGAAGAGGAAUGAUGGGUUUUGGGAUACGGUUCGGGAGACCAAGGCCAUGCUUGUGGAGACGAAGAAGAAGAAAGAAGAGAAGAGCCUGGUGAGGUUUGUGGGGAGGGACGAGUCGGCCGAGUCGACGCAGUUUUGGAACCCAUUUCUUGAACCAGGACAGUUGUUGCUGUUGCCAUCUGGUGGUGGGUGGUUGGAUUUUGGCCCAACCCCAAUAGCGGUUUGAAAAAGUAGAUUAUUGGACCGGGUCGGGUUUUUGUAGUGGUGCAACUUUCUAAUUAUAUGUGAAUUAUGCUAUUUAAAAUGAAUCACUCGUACGUAAAUGUUUCUAGAUUGAACAAAAGAUUUAUCUUUUUCAUAUAAUUGAAAAAGAAAAGAUUUAUCUUUUGUCUUUUUGAGAGUUUCUCCAAUAAGAAUUUAAGUUAAGGAUUAGUUUACA